AUCGGCUCGAUGAGCGGAGGCGCUGCUGCGACGCUGCCGCCGACGCCGAAUCCGCACCCACCGUCCCCCGCUCUCCCAGCUUUUUACCUCAGCUUCCCACUCUUUCCCCCGCCCGUCCAGCACCACCCGCCCGGGAGAACUGCCGGGAGUUCCCCGGGAGCCUCAGGCGUUGACCAUUCUGCUGGGAAGUGAAAAGUAUUUUACAAGGAAAAAAAUAUGCCUCCCAAGUUUAAGCGCCACCUCAAUGAUGAUGAUGUCACAGGUUCUGUGAAAAGUGAAAGGAGAAAUCUUUUGGAAGAUGAUUCAGAUGAAGAAGAGGACUUUUUUCUAAGGGGACCAUCUGGACCGAGAUUUGGACCUAGAAAUGAUAAAAUUAAGCAUGUUCAGAAUCAGGUGGAUGAAGUUAUUGAUGUCAUGCAAGAAAAUAUUACAAAGGUAAUUGAGAGAGGGGAGAGACUAGAUGAACUACAGGACAAAUCAGAAAGCUUAUCGGAUAAUGCAACAGCUUUUAGCAACAGAUCCAAACAACUUCGAAGGCAAAUGUGGUGGCGUGGAUGCAAAAUAAAAGCCAUCAUGGCUUUGGUUGCUGCCAUCCUUUUGCUAGUGAUUAUCAUUCUUAUAGUCAUGAAAUACCAUACUUGAUUUGAUGACAGAGAUCUUCAUUAAACAAGAUCUGGGACAGUAAUAAAAGAUUGCUGCAUAAUUUAAAUGAAAUCUAUGUGUAUAUAACUUUCAAAACUUCUUUUUCAAGAAAAUAAGAGGCAAGUAUCACUUCAAAUUGGAACGUUGAGAAUGUGCGAUUAUCUUCUCCCCUUCUAACAAAAUGUUCUUUUAAUAAUUAUGUUUAAGGCAAAGAGAACUAGCCUCUAUUUUUCCAUAUUUCAAAGAUCUGAUUUGAAACUAGAUACUUGCCAGUUCAUUAUUUGUGUAUAUAAACACUGAUGCUAAUGUUUCAUACUAGUAUUUUAAUGGUAUAAGGACUUGCAUUAUUGCAUUAGGGAGCGGGUCAUGUUGGAGGUCAGGAAGCCUAUGUAGAGUACCAAAUUAUGCUGAAAGAGAUGCAUAACCAUUCUGUCAAUAUUUGCAAAAAUAUCAUUCUUUUCAUAUUACAGUUAUUUUGCAAGCAAUUUUCACAUUUAUAGGUGUAACAAAAGCUAAAUGUUGUAAAUGUUGUUGCCUUCGGCUAUAACUAAAAACAUUCCAGUAAAUAUAUUUUAGACUGUGUAAGAGAAUUUGUAGUAAUUUUUUUGGCAUUUGGAUUAUGGAAAAGAAAAAUUUAAACAGGGUGGAAAACAUAGUAUGGCACCAUAAAACUGGAGAUAAUAAAGUUAUUGAAGAAUGUCA